GUCACGGGGGGCGGAGUCUGGGGCGUUCAAAACACAGACUGCCCUUAAUCCUCACUGAUUUUCUGCUUCCUGCCUUGUUUUGCGCGUAUUUUCUGUCACUUCAAGUUAUUUGACUUUGCGCGUUUUUCUUUAAACCUUUUGUUUUACUUGCUCUUUUUAUAUAAUGCGGCUGCUUUCCGUAUAUUCAUCGCAAAACCCGUUUUGUUCCGAGGUUGUUUUCCCUAACAGGAUCCUACUGGGGUUUGUUUGUUUGUUGCUUCUGGCGAAUAUGGAUUGAAUUAGAAACAAAAACCGUAUAAAUGCACCUGCCGUCGAGGAGAUACUCUGCGUUUGAACUCGAAGAGGUGUGUGUGCCCUGGGUGCAGCCUGGCCUGUGCUCUGGUGGAGAUGAAGAACCCAGCUGCCGCCGAGACCCGCCGGCUGGUCGGCCUGCUGGAGGCUGCUCUGGUCAGGGAGUCUCGCCUCUGGAAGGUACCUGUCUUCAAGAACGGAUGCAUCCAGGGUGCUGACAUCUCUUCAUCCCAACACAAAGAAAUGAUCCUUUGGCUCGGAGAAAUGAGCAGGCUGUUCCACUUCUGUCCAGAGACCUUUGCACUGGGGGUGUGCGUCCUCAACCGCCUGCUGUCCACUGUCAAGGCCCAACCAAAAUACCUGAAAUGCAUUGCUUUUACCUCACUGGUCCUAGCUGCCAAAAUCAAUGAGGAAGAUGAGGUAAUAGGUUCUGUUAAAGACCUGGUUGUGCAGAGCGGAUGCAACUUUUCAACAGCGGAGAUUCUUCGCAUGGAGAGGAUCAUUCUAGACAAGCUGCACUGGGACUUGUACACUGCAACACCAGUCGACUUCAUUCACAUAGUAAGUUAGAAUUCAGCAGAUACACAGGCAAAACAGAACUGUUCUUUUUUUUUUUUCUUCUUUUUUUUUUCUUUUAAACUGAACCUGAACUGUCGGAGCAUCUCACAGGGAGCUGGCUGGAUUUUGAAAUGCUUUGUGAAUUCAGGUCCCAGUCUUGCCUAAAAACACAGCAGUACAAAAGCACACAUUUAAACCAUCAUGCUUGCUUCAAGGGGGUAUUAACAUACCCUCACACACACACAUACACAUACACACAUACAGACACACACCCACACCCACACACCCCUGCCCCAACAGAGAAGAAUUGGUCCUAGUAGAGAUUGUGCAUUUAUUUUGAUUUGUCUCUUUGUGCCCACGAUUCCUAUAAACUCCAGUCAGUCCUGGUUGGAGUGUGUUGUUCUCUUAUUAAUAAUCACUGUAGCCAAGAACGAAGACUAAAAUCCCAUCUCUCACUAACGCAUAAACAAAAUAAAAUGAAAUAAAAAGGGUCUGAUUAGAGGAUCAGUUAGAUUUUUUAUAUUUGGUUGUCCAACAUAUUAGAAUAAGACGGGCUACGUGUAAUCAAAUAGUGGCUGUCAGACAGUUGAUUUUAUUUACCAAUAACAUAAUGUUGCUGCCUGACCUCAGCUGGGAUAAAACACUGCUAAAUUUGCACUUCACUCACUUGUUUUUAGGGCUAAUCUAAUUGAGUAAAUCAACUUCUAACAUUAAAAAAUCACUUCUUAAGUGCCACAUCAUAGUCACCCAUCAUAGAGGUGAUGGGUUUUUUCCCACUCUUAACAGAUGUUGAAUAUCAGCCGUCUGCAGGUUCAUUGCAAACGACAUUAGACAAAGCCAAGUUAUAACCCAGACUAAUUACCCAAUUUGCAUGUGUGUGGACAAAAAAAAAAAAAAAAAAAAAAGCAACAAA